AUGGCGGCGGCAGUCGAAAGUAUGGGGGCCAACGGCACUGAACCGACGCAUACUGAAACCUCCCCUGUUGUACUGCUCAUCAAUUCGACCACCCAGUCUUUGGAAAUUCAAUCUCCCUCAGCUAUACCUGAAACCAAUCAUACGGGUUUGCCAGGAUGGGUUCCCGGAACAAACACAUCCUCAUCGACUGUACGGGAGGAUCCCAAGCCGACAACUUGGACCGCGCCCGGCAACACAACAGAACCCUCAUUUCAUACUUCCUUUCUCACACCAACACCCAAAUCAUCACCAACACCGUUCAAAAGCAGUCGCACUGUGACCAGCAUAGCACUCACCCCGACGAGCUCUACCGCCACAGCAGAGACGGGUGAUUACUCGGGCGGAGGAGGAUCUCCCAAAACCAAGGUCGCAAUCGCUGUACCCGUUACCGUAGUGGGAGUCUUGAUUCUCGCCGCACUAGGAUUUUUCUUCAUUCGCCGUCGCAAACGCAGUACCGAAAGUCCUCCAUACAAUGGGACUGACCCUGCGAGCCCCGGUGCCUCCAGCGCAAUUCUCAUGUCUGUUCAUCCCAAGCUCUCAAUGUCUUCGCCAAAUCCCGAUACGCCGCCAAUGCGUCGAAAACCCGUCCCAGCAGCGGCAGCGGCAGCGACGGCGAGAAACAGCUUGGCUCGAGAUCUCUCCCUUGCUUCAGUGAAUAACUCAUCCGAAGCUGAUCCACGGAGUGAGGUGGGCAUCGCACGCGCAGUACCCACAGACCAGAGGUUCAGUGUCACAGAGUACGAUGUGCAUGGGUCGGCACGGCCAAUUUCAUCGAUCAAUCACACCGUUGAUUAUGGGACGACUGGUGCCGGAACGCCAGGGAACGCACAAAGGGCGUCUGGGCGUUAUAGCCCCGACACCCACGAUGAUGUGUCGGAAGUUUCGGUGGAGCUUGGUCGGGUGUCGCAUGAAAGAGACUUUGAUGAUAUGUCUUCCGUAUCGUCGAUAGGUGAUGAUCACCUGCAAGCUCGACCGGACAGACAUAAUCAGACGCCACGACUGUAG